AUGGCGGGAAAACAAAAACCUAAACCAAAUCCUGACCAAGACUAUCGUGCACCUCAGAGAGAGAUGGCGGAGGCGGAGAAAGAGACGGCGGUGACUGACAAGGUGGUGGGGGACGCAGAAGAGCUGCCGAAGGCUAUCGUGCGCCGGCUGGUAAAGGAUAAGCUAUCCCAGCUCUCUUCUGAUUCCGAAAUCUCAGUUUUCCGCGAGGCACUUGAAGCCUUCUCUGACAGCGCUCGUAUCUUCGUCCACUAUCUCUCCGCCACUGCAAAUGACAUUUGUAAGGAGUCAAAGAGACAAACAAUCAACGCGGAAGAUGUAUUUAAGGCACUGGAAGAGAUAGAGUUUUCAGAUUACGUUGGGCCACUAAGAGCAUCUCUUGAAGGUUUUAGGCAAAAGAAUGGUGGAAAGAGAUCUCUAUCCUCAAAGGCAAAGGAGAUCAAUAAAAAAGGUAAAAAGAAAGAUCUACCUUCAGGAAGUGGAAGUCAAAAUAAAGAUGAUGAAAAUGAAAGCAAUAAAGAGGACAAUGCAGACUGA